AUGACUCGGUGGGGGCAUGAGUUGUCAAUGCACAAUUAUGAGCUUAUCUACAAACCAGGGAAAGCCCAUCAUGUCCCAGAUUUACUCAGUAGACAUCAGCACACCCUGGGAUUUUUCGGACUUAUUGUAGACUGCGAGAAAGAAUUUAUUUCCCCGGUAUGCUCGCCGAGACACGACGGUACGUUAAAUCUUGGUGUACCUUGUCAGAGACGCAAAGGCCUCACUAGACGGGCAUACUUAGAACAUAUGCCAGAUGUUACAGGUCCAUUCGACCGAGUAUCAGCAGACCUUGUAGAUUUGCAUCAUUCUGCACGAGGAAAUCGGUAUGUGCUGGUCCUGAUUGACCAUCUCACUAGGUUUAUUCAGAUGAUAGCCUUGCCUAGUAAAGACGCCGAAACAGUAGCCGAGGCGAUCUUAAAGGAGUAUCUUACACUCUUUGGUCCACCAAAAGCCCUACUGACAGACAGAGCUUACCACCCACAGGCAAAUGGCAUGGUAGAAAGGGCCAACCGUGUGAUAAAGGAUGCCUUAGCCACUCUCAGCCUGAGCAUCCCGAGGAUUGGGACGAUUUGCUCCCAUUUGCUCAACACAUCGGCCCCACAGAAGCGUAAUGACACGCCCCUAUUUCUUCUGACAGGACGAGACCUAUUUUCCCCCGUAGGCAACACGAACCAACAGGACGUGGACGAGACCGCAGCCGCUACGUACCGACAGCGCCUGCAGGCAGCCAGAGAAAUAGCCGUUCAGAUGUUCCGCGAAGCUCGUAGACGCUGGGCGCAGGACCACGAUUGGAAACCUACGUCGCCCGCACGAGUUCCAUCCAGACGACCUCGUCCUUGUAAAGGAGAACCUGCCCACAACAGCGCGGCCGCCACGCCGCCCUAG